GUAGUUCGUUGCUUCAUCGUGUACGGUUGUAUACUACAGAGAAAAAAGAAAACGAAAAAUUUUAUUUUAAACUUAAGUUGUAAACGAGAAGAAGUAGAAAAAAAGUAUUUGAAAAAUACGAAAUUUUUAGUUAAAGAAAACGCUAACACAUUUAUAAAAAAAAAACGAAAAAUAUACAAACACCCAAUACCGUGACUAAAGCGAACACUUGGAUUAUCGCUCACGGUUAUAAACAAAACCGGAAAUUUAUCAAAAAAUAAUAAUAAUAAAAUUUUUAAAUAAUUUGUGCCAAAAAAAGUGUUAAACAAAAUUUGUGUCUUCACAUUAGUAAAAUUUUCAUUAUUUGAAAUUUCUUACUUUGGAAAAGAAAAUUUCCAAAAACCACAAGAUUUAAAGAAUAUGGAACUUUAACCAUUUUUGGUUUGUCUUUGUAACAAAAGCACCAAAACAACAAAACAUCUUUAAAAUUAUUCUUCAUUUUAGUGAUUACCAAAUCACUUUUCAUCAUAAACACCAUUUCAACAACUUUUCAUCAACUUCAACAUAAAACAACAACAACAAAAAACCUCAAAACCAACAACAUGUUUCUACAAAUCAUUAGCAUUUUAAGCGUAAUCGCUAUUAUCUCUACACAAAUUCAAGCUUUAGCCAAUUGUCCUCCCGGCUGUCAAUGUGAUGACAACACUUUAAUUGUACAGUGCGGUGAGGGUCAUCUUGAUGUUUUACCCAUUGCUCUAAAUCCCUCCAUACAACGUUUGGUCAUAAAGAAUAAUAAAAUCAAGACUAUCGAUUCAUCCAUACAAUUCUAUGCUGAAUUGACAUUUUUGGAUUUAUCUUCGAAUCAUUUGAUGAAUAUACCCCAGAGAACAUUUGCCUAUCAGCGUAAAUUGCAAGAAGUGCACUUGCAGUACAAUAAAAUCGGUCAGAUUAGCAAUAAAACCUUUAUUGGUUUGGCUGCUGUUACGGUGUUGAAUUUGCGCGGUAAUUUGAUUUCGGAAUUGCAUCAGGGCACUUUUGCUCCUUUGGCCAAAAUAGAGGAAUUGAAUUUGGGUGAAAAUCGCAUUGGCUAUAUUGAUCCCAAGGCUUUUGAUGGUCUUUCACAAUUGAGAAUUUUGUAUUUGGAUGAUAAUGCCUUGACCUCUAUACCCGAUCCUAUACACUUCCAGGCCAUGCCUCUAUUGGCUGAGUUGUAUUUGGGCAUGAAUAGUUUGUUGACGGUGCCAUCUGCUGCCUUCCAGGAUUUGAAAGGUUUAAGCACUUUGAAUUUGAAAGGAGCCGGUUUACGCAAUCUAUCACAUGAUUCUUUCCAAGGUUUAGAGGCCUUAAGAUCUUUGGAUUUAUCCGAUAAUCGUUUAACACGCAUACCCUCGGUGAGUCUUAGCCAUUUGGAACGUUUGGAAGAAUUGUUUUUGGGUCAAAAUGAUUUCGAAGCUAUUUUGGAAGGAGCAUUUGUAGGCCUAAAACAAUUGAAACGUUUAGAGAUUACUGGUGCCUUAAAAUUGAAACGUGUUAUGAAUGGUGCCUUUGCCUCGAACACUAAUUUGGAAUAUUUGAAUUUGGCCUCAAACAAAAUGUUAUUGGAGGUUCAGGAAGGAGCUUUAAGUGGUUUGCCUCAUUUAAAAUAUGUCAACUUGAAGGCCAAUGCUUUGACUACCUUGGCUGAGGGUUUAUUCCCCUGGAAAGAUUUACAAACUUUGGAUAUCUCUGAGAAUCCCAUGGCCUGUGAUUGUCGUGUUAUGUGGUUGAGAAAUUUACUUAUCAGCAAGAAUAAUACCAACGAUAAUGUAGGAGAAGUUUUAUGCGAAUUCCCUGAACGUUUAAGAGGCGAAGAAUUGAAGAACUUAAAUCCUGCUGUUAUGGGCUGCUCACAUACCGAUCCCCGUAAACAAGCCUUGAUUGGAGCUCUCUUAGUAGGCACUGCCGCUACUGUUACCGCCUUGGCUUUGAUUGUCUACAGAUGCCGCCAUAAGAUCCGUGAAUACUUAAAGGGUGGUUUGUUUGGUAACUCUGCCUUGGGUCGCAAAGAACGUGAAUAUCAAAAGACUUUCUGUGAUGAAGACUACAUGACCAGACAUCAACAUCAUCCCUGCAGUUUGGGUAUACACUCUACCUUCCCCAACACAUAUACACCACAUCAUGUUAAUCAACAUCAUUAUGGACCUAUGUGCACACUGCCCGUUAACGGUGAUCAAAAGAAUUUCCAACAAUUACAAGUACCCACUGGCAACAUAAUGGCUGAUAAACAAACUAUUGCUGCGGCGAAAAAUAUUGAAGAUUCUGCUUCUUUUGUUAUGCAUAUGAAGACAGCUUCGGCUCCUCCACAGAAAUUGAAUCAUUACACCAAACCUCAUUUCCUGCAACAAACCGCAGCUGUAGGUGAUUCCUGCUAUUCCUAUGCUGACUUGCCAAUUGUUCAUGAUUCGGGUAACCAAGAGCAUGUGCAACAGAAUCUUACCUAUCAACAGCAGCAACCUUUGCACUAUGGUACUUCUCAUGAUUACAGCAACAGUGUGGCCAGCAGUGAAUUGGAUCCCAAUUAUAUCUACAGCAAUACUCACUACUCUAUGCCGGUAGAACAACAACAAACCUCUUCAAUGAGAACAAAAACCCCAACACCACCACCAGUGCCACCAGCAUUGCCCCUAAGAAAUCCUCCUCAAAUGUUAACAGUCUCCACCACUGGACGCCGUUCCUUUAAUCAUGGCAGCAGCAAACACACCAACAGCCAGCAACAACAGCAACAAUCAUCAUCAGCAGCAGCUGCCGUUGCUCACUCACAAACCAUGCGUUAUCAGCACUGAUCUUGGAUGGAAUCGGGUAGUUUAAAAAAACCCAAAAAGCGUUAUUUAGCUCCCAUGGAAAAGUAUCCUAUGCAGCAAACUCCCUUAAGCUAUUACCGGCAAAAUCUAAGUAUAUGUGCUUAAACUAGGAGAGACUUAAUUUCCCUUUAAAAUCCCGGCAAAAAGGGAACCACUGUGAUGUCAGACUAUCGUUAAUCUUAAACUAAAACAAACAAACAUUGUACAGAACCAAUUUAAAAACAUAAAAAAAGACAAACAAACCAACAAAGACAAUUAGUUAUAGUUAAAACCUUUAAAUAUAAGUUAAAACUUAAGCAAAACUACAACAACCACAACAACAUACAUUUUUCGUAUGUUUAAAAUAUUUUUCUUUUGUAUAUAACUCAUGAUCUCUAUAAAAAUCAUUAUUAAUCAUCAUUAUCUUCUUCAUCUCUUCAAAUCGUGUAUAAAUUAGUUAUUAAUGUUAAAAAAAAACCCCCAGCACUGAAGUCAUUAUUUGUUUCUUUCUUUAUUUUAA